UGUGAUUUCAUUUAUUUCAGGCAAAGCAAAAGCAAAAACAUUACUCCAUUUGAACAUCCAACCAAUAAAGAAUCUCACAUUCAGAGCCCAUAUUGCUGGAGAAGAAGACGAAACAGUGCAAAAAAGCCCUUCAAAAAUGGCAAAACCCACCACUCUGUUCUUCCUUCUUUCCAUCCUCCUCCUUCCACUCACUUUCCUUCAAACCCUUUUCCCCUUCUGCGAUGCUGUUCUUGAUCUCAGAUCUUUGAAGGGCAACCAAAUCGAUUUAAUGCCCAAAGGGGUUUGCAAUCAGAAGAUCGGAGAGUGCUUAACAGAGCCAGAAAUGGAAUCGGAGAUCAGUAGGCGAGUGUUGAUGAUGCAGAAGAGGUAUAUAAGCUAUGAAACUCUUAGAAGGGAUAUGGUUCCUUGUUCUAGACCAGGGGUUUCUUAUUAUGAAUGCCAUCCUGGUCCGGCGAAUUCGUAUGAUCGAGGGUGCGAGGUUAUUACUAGAUGUGCUAGAGAUGUGCAUGAUAUAAACACUUGAAGGCGAUGGCGAAGCUAGCUGCUGGCAGCCGUUCGACUGUUGUACCGUAAGCAGGCAUCGACAGGAGGUCGUUGCUCAUCGAGAUCGAGCAAGAAGAACAUCCGUGUGCUUCUGUAAAAAGUAUUGUUGAACAUUAUGAAAGCUUGAACAACUGAUGUUAUCGUAGCUUCAUUUUAAAUGGAAUUGCUCUUGAACACCACGCAUUCUAGUACCAA